GGCGCAGGCGCGGAGCAGCCCCGAGCGGCCGAGGGGCUUCGUCGUUUGUCAGAGCCGGUGUCUGGCGUCCCCCGGCUCGUCAUGGCGGACGAAGGCAAAUCGUACAUCGAGCACGAUGACCGUGUUGGGGGUAGCUUCCCCCAAAGACGGAAGAAAGGCCGGGGCCCCUUCCGGUGGAAAUACGGCGAGACAAAUUCACGGCCUCGAAACCGAGGUGGCCCUGGACCCCGAGCUUCCCGCGUGGAGGAGGAUGAUGGGGAUGUUGCCAUGAGUGAUGCUCAGGAUGGGCCCCGAUCCCGGUACACACCUUACAACUCACGACCUAACCGGAGAGGAGGAGAUAAUUGGCACGACCGAGACAGAAUUCAUGUCACCGUGCGCCGAGACAGGCCUGGCCAAGACAGAGGUGGCGCCGCCGGCUCCAGCCUCGAUGCGGCCCCCAAAAACUGGUUCAGAAUCACGAUCCCUUACGGCAGAAAGUACGACAAGUCAUGGUUGUUGAACUCCAUCCAGAGCAAAUGCAGUGUCCCCUUCAAUCCUGUUGAGUUUCACUAUGAGAACACCCGGGCCCAGUUCUUCGUGGAAGACGCCAGCACUGCGUCUGCCCUCAAGGCUGUGAAUCACAAGAUUUUGGACCGAGAUAACCGAAAGAUAUCAGUCAUCAUCAACCCAUCUGCCCCACCCACGUCGGUGCAGAAUGAGCUCAAGCCUGAGCAGGUGGAGCAGCUCAAGUUUGUCAUGAGCAAGCGCUACGACGGCUCCCAGCAGGCCCUGGAUCUGAAGGGCCUCCGCACAGACCCAGACUUGGUGGCCCAAAACAUUGACGUCAUCCUGAAUCGCAGAAACUGCAUGUCCGCCUCCCUGCGGAUCAUCGAGGAGAACAUCCCCGAGCUGCUGUCACUGAAUCUGAGCAACAACCGCCUGUAUAGGCUAGAUGAUCUGGCCGAGAUUGUGCAGAAGGCACCAAACCUCAAGAUCCUGAACCUUUCUGGGAAUGAACUGAAGUCAGAACGAGAGCUGGACAGGGUGAAGGGGCUGAAGCUGGACGAGCUGUGGCUUACCGGGAACCCCUUGUGUGACGCUUUCCGGGACCAGUCGUCCUACAUUAGCGCCAUCCGGGAACGCUUCCCCAAAUUGCUUCGUCUGGACGGCCAUGAGUUGCCCCCCCCAAUUGCCUUUGAUGUGGAAGCUCCUACUACGCUCCCGCCCAGCAAGGGCAGCUACUUCGGAUCAGAAAACCUGAAGGCCAUGGUCCUGUACUUCCUGCAGCAGUAUUAUUCUGUGUAUGACUCUGGAGACAGGCAAGGGCUUCUGGACGCUUACCACGACCAGGCUUGCUGCUCCCUCAGCAUUCCCUUCAGCAUCCAUAACUCGGCUCGGGGCAGCAUGAGUGAGUACUUCAAAGAUAGCAGGAACGUGAAGAAGCUCAAAGACCCCACCCUGCGGUUCCGACUGUUGAAGCACACGCGUCUCAAUGUCGUGGCCUUCCUCAACGAGCUCCCCAAGACCCAGCAUGACGUGAACUCUUUUGUGGUGGAUAUCUGCGCCCAGACGGAAACGCUACUGUGCUUUGCUGUGCAUGGGGUCUUCAAGGAAGUGGAUGGAAAAUCCCGCGACUCUGUCCGAGCAUUCUCCCGAGUGUUCAUCGCUGUCCCCUCGAAUAAUGCUGCCAGGCUCUGUAUUGUGAAUGACAAGCUCUUCAUAAGAAAUGCCACCACCGAUGAAAUCCGCCGAGCCUUUGUCAUGCCAGCCCCGACCCCCUCCUCCAGCCCCGUGCCUACUCUCUCCCCAGAACAACAAGAGAUGUUACAGACCUUUUCGACCCAGUCUGGCAUGAACCUGGAAUGGUCACAAAAGUGCCUUCAGGACAAUGAUUGGGACUUUGCUCGAGCAGCCCAGGUCUUUACACAGCUCAAGGCUGGUGGCAAGAUCCCCGACGUGGCGUUUCUCAAGUGACUCCUGAAGCAGCAACCCCUGCCCCUGUCCCUUGCUUCCACCUCCCCUGGCCUGGGGCCAAUGUUAUGACUGUGAACAAGGGCUGAGAAAGCCCUGGUCUCCCUUGUUAGGAAAAUGUUGGGGAAGACUCCACCUGCGCUGCCACCAGCACCGGCGCCCUCUCGGAAGCCAAAGCUUUGUCUGUAGGACUGAGACACUAAACCGUUGCAGGCCAGACGUCCGAGCACUCCGCCAGCUGGAGUCUUUUGUUCUCCUUUUGAUGAUAAAGAGUGAAGUCUUACUUUGUGUUGUCUGUAGCCAGAAGUGUUACUUUUCCUGUUGAUGCCUGCUGCUGUGGGGGAGCCGGCUCACUUGUCUGUCUCCCAGUCAAGGCUGGGCCAUCCCAGCUCCAAAAGUGUUCCUGUGGUCUAGCUGUUCUGUUCAUUCCCUUGUUUCGCUUGCCCCGUUUCCUGAUGUCAGCUCCUAGCUCCUUCCUUUUUAAUUCUGUUUGUUUGUCAAUAAAUAUUGAUAAGAGCUAGAAA